GAGUGCGCGCCGAGCGAACCGAAACCGCGAGCAAGAUUGUUCGUUGAAACUUCCAAUAAAGUUUUUUAAUGUUAAAACAUGCGCUUUACGCAACACUAUUAUCAACUUUACCGAUCGUUUUCAAAUCGAGUAUAUUGUCGUCUUUUGUUUGUAAAGUGACAACACCACUGACAACGCAUGUCCUGUGAAGCGGCAGCCGCGUGAUAAGUGAUGACACAAUGAUUAAAAAAAAGUAUAGCCCGACUCCACGAGAGGCAUUAUCAAAGCGCGAACUUUCGAGAAAAUAAGCGGGUGCGGGGCCAUCGCCCAGUAGAAAGCAGAGCUUACCGGCGCCAACAAGACAAAUAAGUGAACAUCAUGGCAUUCAACGCUUUGAAACUAAGAGUCGCGGGUGCCGCGUUGAAGAGACAACCAAGGGAUAUCACAGCUUUACUUGAACCAAGGCUCGUUAUGUGUGACCAAAAAUGCCGCGCUGCUUCGACCACCAAGAGUACCGGCGAGUUUCGGUUGGAGAGGGACACAUUUGGCGAACUAAAGGUGCCGGCAGACAAGUAUUAUGGCGCUCAGACGAUGAGAUCCGUGAUCAAUUUCCCGAUCGGUGACCGAUCCGAACGCAUGCCGAAAGGCGUGAUCGUGGCGAUGGGAAUCUUGAAGAAGGCGGCUGCCGAGGUGAAUAAAGAGUAUGGCCUGGACCGUAAAGUUGCCGAUGCCAUCAGUAAAGCUGCCGAUGACGUGAUCAGUGGAAAGCUCUACGACGAUCACUUUCCUCUGGUUAUAUGGCAAACUGGAUCUGGAACCCAGACCAACAUGAACACUAACGAGGUGAUUUCCAACCGUGCGAUUGAACUUUUGGGAGGCCAGUUGGGCUCGAAAAAUCCGGUGCACCCGAACGAUCAUGUGAAUAAAUCACAGAGUUCCAACGAUACCUUCCCGACGGCUAUGCACAUUGCCGUUGCUUUGGAAAUUAACAAAAUCCUCAUACCCGGCCUGCAGCAAUUGCACGCCGCUCUUAAAGAGAAAUCCGAGGCUUGGAAAGACAUAAUUAAAAUCGGAAGAACACACACGCAAGACGCUGUGCCACUCACUCUUGGUCAAGAAUUUUCAGCUUACCAAACCCAAGUGGAAAAUGGAAUCGCUCGAGUGAAAGAUACACUGCCCAGGCUCUACCAGCUGGCUCUGGGUGGCACAGCCGUGGGCACAGGUCUAAACACGCGAAAAGGCUUUGCCGAAAAGACUGCCGCGAAAAUUGCUGCUCUGACUGGUUUGCCGUUUGUCAGCGCACCAAACAAAUUCGAGGCGCUGGCCGCUCACGAUGCCUUGGUCGAAGUUCACGGUGCUCUCAAUACCAUUGCGGUAUCUUUAAUGAAAAUCGCCAACGACAUCAGAUUUCUGGGAAGUGGGCCUCGUUGCGGUCUCGGUGAGCUUUCGUUGCCCGAGAACGAACCAGGCAGUUCCAUCAUGCCGGGCAAAGUCAACCCCACGCAGUGCGAAGCCAUGACGAUGGUUUGCGCCCAAGUGAUGGGCAACCAUGUGGCGACAACUGUCGGUGGCAGCAACGGGCACUUCGAGCUGAACGUCUUCAAACCUGUGAUCGUGGCCAACGUUCUUAGAUCUGCAAGGCUACUUGGAGAUGCUUCCGCUGCCUUUACCAAGAACUGCGUCGUUGGAAUCCAGCCCAACAUCGACGCCAUCAAGAAAAUCAUGAACGAGAGUUUGAUGCUGGUCACUGCCCUGAACCCACACAUCGGUUACGAUAAGGCGGCAGCUAUCGCUAAACAGGCGCACAAAGAAAAGCUGACGCUCAAGGAAUCGGCACUGAAAAACGGUUUAACGGCUGAGCAGUUCGAUCAAUGGGUCAGGCCCGAAGACAUGCUUGGGCCCAAGUAAGAUGAGCCAUCAAAGGCCAAUAAUCAGCAGAUAAGCUUCGCCAAAAGAUUAUGUCAGUGAUUUAUUUGAUAAAGAUUUUUCAACGGAUAUAACCAUCGGCAUCUUGUUGUUUGAGAAGUUUCUCUAAAAUUGUUUAUAAAUGAAAAAAAAUCUUUCGCAAUAAAGUCAUUCAAUGGU